CUGAGUGAGCAACGCGUUCAGGACUCCCUUUUACAACUUGAAGUGUGUUUUUCCCUGAGUAAUCUUGGCUGAUAUUGGCAUCAUGAGCUGACUUUUUACAGGUUAGUUUUGUAAAGUAAGCAGAAGCGGCCGCCAGCAGUAUCUAUCUUCUAUUUAUGGCCUCCCCCCGUGCCCCCCUUCCCAGACUGACGUCAGCAGAAAGUUAUUUUCAUGAAUGGAGGGGGCGGUCACGAGGAGUCGGUGACGUGAGUGCUUGCGGAAGCAGAGCGUGGAAUGUUGGUACAUUGUUGUUGUUUUGUAGUUAAUUUAGUACGAGGAUACACCGCUGCCCGUCUGCUGGACGCUUUACACCAACUGGGUCAAGUUACUUGGUCGCCUGGAUUGGAAAACUACUCCAACAAGUUUUACGCAUUCCGGUCCACAUAUAUAUCCGCGUCCACAGAGUGUGUCUUCUGUGAGAUUUUGGACAGUCGUCUGCAUGCAGGGAAUGACGACUCAUUUCAAGACGAGCAAAGCUUUAAAGGUCAAGAGGGAGGCUGGUGAGAAUGCCCCGGCGCUCAGUGAUGAUGAGUUGGUGGCAAUGUCCGUGCGGGAGCUCAACCAGCACCUGCGUGGGCUGACCAAGGAGGACGUUGUGAGGUUGAAGCAGCGCAGACGAACCCUGAAAAACCGGGGAUACGCCGCCAGCUGCCGCAUCAAACGUGUUACCCAGAAGGAGGAGCUGGAGAGACAAAAGAUAGAGCUGCAGCAGGAGGUGGACAAGCUGGCACGUGAGAAUGCCAGCAUGAGGCUGGAGCUAGAUGCCCUGCGAGCCAAGUAUGAGGCCCUGCAAUGUUUUGCCCGGACUGUGACCCGUGGGCCUCUCUCGCCGGGCAAGGUGGCCACCACCAGCGUCAUCACCAUCGUCAAGUCAGCCAACCACAACAACUCCAGCCCAACCCCAUUCUCAGCUCCCUCCUAGUGGUGACAGGACUGGGCUCUCCUUCUCUUGCCUGGUCCUUCCCGGUUCUGACCCAGCCUGAACCCACUCAUCCUGUACUGAGAGGAUGCUCAGUAGUAAGACUGAAGGAUGAAAAGGGGUGGCAAGCUCUAUGUGAUGUUAUGCUGCAUUCAAGACCCCUCCUUCUGUCUCUUUUACACAAUCUACAUUGUCUGUGCACUGUGCAAAGCUCCCUCCCUGACCCCCAGCACCGACAGGGUAUUGGACCUCCGUGACCCUUCCUCCCUGACUGAUUACUCCAGUGUGGAAAAAGUAUCUGACAUGCCUUACUGUGGCAGCACUGGCCUAGGACAGAGAUUUAAUAGAACAUAUGUGACAGUAAAGCUAUUUGUAAAGCCUAUGCCAAAUCACAUUUUAUUUACGUAGAUGUUGCCUUAAAAGGAUCAGUGAGUGAUCUAUAUAAAUUAUUAUCUUAUACUUACAUGCAGUUUAACACAAAGAAGAUUUAUUGUUCCACCUUUGAGGUUACCAGUGGUCUCCAACCAGUUGCCUUUAAGUGCUAGCCAAACACAACAACAGAUGUUUUCAUUGAUUAGUUCCUCCUCCUCUUUUAGAUGCUGCUAAGCAGUAAAAACACCUGUUGCAGUGUUUGGAUGAAAGAAAAAACCUGCCAACACAUGGCUCUCUAUGGCCCGUUUGGAGAGCACUGCAUUAUGCAGUUUGACCAAUGCUUUGCUAAAGGGCUCUACCCGUGAUGUGCAGUUGUUUAUAUGUCUGUUUCGGUUAUGCAAAGUUUUACUCGGUUGGUCAGUCAUGACAAGUGGCUUAUUUAGUAUUUGGGAAGUAAUACUAGAGGACAGCAGUUAGUACCCUGCUGUAAAGGCUUCCAUACAUGUGCUGAUGGUGGUGUAAUAUGGCGGUUUUGAAGUUGAACAUUUUUCAUUUUUGUGUUUGAAAAGUUUGAAACUCAGCCAUUAGGCCGGAAUUUGUAUGCAAGCCUUUACUGGACUACACCAACCCUCCCCUAAUAUAAAUUAUUACAUGGCAAUGUGUGCCUUUUUUUUUUUCUCCCAUUGGCAACUCAUCCAUUGAACGCUUGACAUGUUCUAGCCUUUUGGCUGAGAAAUGAUAGAAUUUGCCAGAGGAGCUGAAAAAUGUUCUGUAAGGUUAGCCAUGUUGUUGAAGACAUUGGAAGAUGUUGGACAAGUGCUGUAAUUUAUUCUGUUUGUAUCUUUGUGGCCCUUUGACUAGAGAUAUUACUGACACUUUAUGCUUUGAAUAUUCUGAAAAGCAAAAAGGAGGUGAAUACUUGUAUUCCACAGAUCAGAAAGGCUAUUUAAUUAAAUAGGUACAUUUGGGAAGACUAAAAUUGGAAAGCGAUUAAAGAGCAUUUUGGGCCAGAUUUGUUUGGAUGCAGAAGAUUUGACAUGUGCCUGUCAUUAUAUAGCACUUAAAAAGGAAAUUGAUAAGACACAGUAUAAAAGAAAAUAUUUCACAGAGCAGGUGAUUUCUAGAAUUAGAGAAGAUGACAGAAACUGUUAUUGCAUUUCUGAGGUUACUGGGGCUUUAUUGCAUGAAGAUUAAAUGUGGUGUGACCACCUACUGCAAGGUCAAGCCUAAUGUAACUAAGGAUGGUAUACUCUCUGAUAUGUAUGCCACAGCACUGAUUUGGUGAUGUGAUGCCUCUUUCUUAUAUAUGCCACUCUUUGGUAGGUAAUCCAUAUUGGAUAUAGUGAUAAUGAGAGAGGUCCUUACAAGCAAAAUACAAUUCAACUGUAUAUUACAGAUUACCGAAAUAACAAAGCUCCCACUGCCUCCAUUUGUCACUUUACAUUGAGUACUCCGUCCAAACAGAAAUCAUUCCUACUGCUGGGUCACGAGAAGUGCUGCUGCUGGUGUUGGUAACUCUGAAACAGUAGCUAUUUACUUUGCUUUUGACACACUCUUCUGCAAGAGAACUCCUGACGCCCAUCUCUAGAAACAGUGGUGUCAUGACAACUAAAUGCAGUAAACACCUUGUUUCUGUUGUGCCUUUUUUGAGAUAUUUAAAUAUGAAAUUCACUUGAAAUCAAGCCGUUCUUACCAAGGAUCCAUUCCUAAUUUGGAGUGAAGUCACUAGAGAUUGUUCAUGUCAGGAUUUUCUCUUGGCUAAGAGGACAUGACUGUUCUUCCCCUGUUCCAUAGCUGCAAAGAACAGUAUGGGGAACUUUGCUGCUGUACAACCUGCUGUGAUUUUAAAGCAGGGGCAUUGCUGUGUUCUUACUCUCAUUUUGUAUUUUCACUUGAUUUCUAUGUUGAUACGUCCUAUGUUCUCUUUCUGAUACUUAGUUUUAUAUGCAUAUACAGUAUCUAAAAAAAAAUAUAUAUAUAUAUAUUACAUAUUUUUCUAUAUUUAUGUCUUUUACUAUCCUGGGAGUGGUGUGAUUAUGUAAUCAUUCUUUGAAGUCUAAUUAUGUUGAUGCUGACCUUUUUCUGAAAAAGUUGUAUUCACAUUUACAAUGAGAAAACUAUUCUCAUAACUUAAGUCUUCUAUGUGAGUAUUUAUACCCCACGAAUAGUUCUUCUCAGCACAUUUACUAUUUGUCUAAUUCACAAAUUGGACAGACCGUGACUUGAGUUACAUACAGGCUACAGCUAAUUAUCUGUGACGGUCAAGAAUUACAUUUUUAAUUUCAAAACAGGGAAAGUGACAUUGUGACUACAGGACUACUCACGCUGUUGGUAACCAGCACAUGUGCAUCUGUCAUGUUUAAAUUCAUAACUCAUAAAUCCAUUUUGAGUGUGACAACAAGUCAAAUCUAAUUAUGUAAGAGAUUGAAAGUCAAACCAUCCAUGCAAAAGGAAAUACAUAACAAAUUCCACAUAAUAUCUGGAUCAUUUGGUUGGAGAUGUAUGCCAAACAGUUACUUUAGCAGAGAAAUCAGUUAUCCUAAAUGUUAAAAACAAUUCAUAAUUCAGCACAAGAGCACAUUGGUCUGAUGUGAUCAGACUAAAAAACUGCCUAAUAUUGACUAAAUAUUUCCAGUUGGGCAUUUUGGGCUCGAUUAGUUAAAGAAUAUUUCAUUUAGAAAAAGAGAAAAUAUGCCCUUACUUGGGAGAAUUAACCUACAUGUGAACAUAGUCAGUUGUUUUGGGCAUGAAGGUUGACCUGAUAUCUUUUUCUAAAGAUAUCAAUUGAUUUAGUUGACAGUUUUAAAUGACGAUGAUGGUAAUGCUUUUGUAACUGCUAAGAAAUCUUACCAGAAAAUAAUUUCAAAGCUGCUAAACACUGUCCACCCAGACCUCUUAUGUUUAAGGUCUGCGUUAAGCCUGACUCAAGAUUGACACAUAGGAAUAUACACAUACCUAUUACAUGUUUACAUGAGUAAUUUCAGCUCAUUAUUUUACAAGACAGUACUAUUUGAAGCUUUUUCUGACAAACAUUACAGUGACCUCUUGUGGUCACUUUGAAAACAAAAUGCUGUAAAGAUGUGGCAUUGUUUAAUUUUUUAGCACUUAUUACUGUAUUUGGAUACGAGGUGGAUGCUUUUUGGCAGCACUGUUUAAAAAUGACAACAAAAAUUGUUAAUGUAUAUGUUUCCGUAUCGGGCCAUAAUAAAAGACAAACCUUUCUCCAGGUGAAUACUUUGUUGUAACUCCUACAUCCAGUGCGACCAAGCAGAGGUCUAAUAAUGCUCUCAAACACUUUGCUCUUUGGCUAACCUACCAAAAGUAAAUAUUUGACAGAAAUAUAUUUAUAUUUUUAACAGCUCACCUCUCUGUUCAAAUAAAAGCUGUUUUUCAAAUAAUUUUAGGGAGCGUUAUACACAAACAUAAACACGUUUAUAUGUGAAAAGAGGCAUAAACAUUACCUAUCAUAGAUGAACUCCGUCUCAAUAGUCUUCUUUCUUCCCACAGUUGAUGUGACUGAAGCUUGGUAUACCAAGGAGCUGUAAUGGAACUGUUUAAGAUAUUAGUAGUCAUUUCACAUUUUUAUAUGAACAAUAACAAUGCAAAUGUAUGUAUAGAAAUGAGGUUGCUCUUAUAUCUUGACUAGGUAUCCAAGGUAAUUAAAAUCUCUUCCUGGAAACAUGUUUUUGAUUAAAUAAGCUUUCACACACAAGCUUUGCCAGUCCUACAAGCUACAGUAUUUAAUUUUAGCCAUGUGGAAAGUCAGUUUUAGUAUUUUAGAUUAACGAGGUUUGGACUAUAAAUUCAGGAAGGCUCCAUAAGUAGGAAGUAGAAAUACAAUAAAUGUUAGUCUAACAGCAGAGGUUUCUAUGUUAAGUUUGUACUUUAGAGAUAAAUUAAUUUCUUUGUUCUAGUCUUGUGGUAACAUGUUGAGGCUUAAUGCGACUGUAAACAAGGACAGUAAAAAGGCAGCGUAAACUGAUUAUGUACCCUUCACAAUUUGUCAUUACUCUGCUCAUAUAUUUUAUAUUUAUUUCAUUGAAUUGUGUAAUUUUAUGAAAAAGACACCUAAAUUAUUUUUUAUUUUACAUUCAUUUAUUUACAUGUUUUCCCAAUGAACUACCCUCAUGUACAAAUAAAAUCUGUAUUUGUUUCUGCUCUGAUUGAAAGUAUGGUAAAUUAUUCCUAUAAAUAGGUCUGCUGUGUCUGUUUUUGUACUUUCAAAUAAAGCUUUUUCCUCAUUGACAAGUGCACAUGUACUCAGUUCAAUAAAUGCAAGUUACACAAGCAAAAA